AUGGCUACCACGUUCUGUGAGCAAACCAGGUCUGUUGAAACGAUGGUGUUUUUUUGUGUUAAUGUGUGCAAUAUUCAAAGGCCAGGGCUCGUGAGCAUCGAGAUCCAGCCUCUGCAAUUGCGAGUCGAUAUAUGGGAUUCGUUUACCACAGUACGCCACAGAACAGGCCUGUCGGCCGAGGCGAGUAUGGUGAUAAAUCCCAAACCAGUUCCGCUAAGAAACAAUGACCACAUUGCGUCUUAA